AUGGGGUCUUCGCAUCGCCCGGAUAUACCCCUGCCACGGCUCAAGCUGCGACAGCGCUGGCGAUCGCCAUGGAAGGCGAGGGAUGAGACGAGGGGCAUUGUACUCCUGGAGGUUUUGAUCACCUGGGCUUUGAGUUUCUACAACUUUCGGAGGUGGAAUUCGACCAGGGCAAGUGACACGUGUGGCUGGGAGUACUUUAACCUGAACACCUUCAAGAAGUUCCCAGGUCUUGCAACUACGUGCAUUUGCUUGGACAUCGAGCUCUACGACCAGUUCAUUGCACAGUUUCUUGGUGCACGAGCUCUACAAGACCCCUUGCUGCGCGAGACGCAGUACCUGGAGGUGACUGACGAGAACAUGGGUGACAAAGAUGUCUAUGUGAAGUGCUCCUGGGAUGGAGAUCCUGCGACAUGGCAGGACUACAUACGGAAGGUCCGUCUGACCUUUGAGAAAACCAGGAACCGAAAGAGGAAGUAUCUAGGACCAGAAUUGGUCUCCCAGUUGACCGGCAGGGCUUGGACGGUCACACAAGAGAUCGACCACCGGAUGCUGGUGCAGCCUGACGGCGCACGUUUCCUCAUCGAGUUCCUGGAGCAGAGAUUGGGAAAGGUGCCAGUGCCUGAUGCUGGGACCAAAGCGGAGGAGCUGUUCGUCAAGAUGAGACGGCCAUCAGGUAUGAGCAUGGCAUCCUGGUGCCACAAGGUCAGGGAGACCUAUCGAGGCUUGCAGCGAGCUUUGAAGAGGGCAAGGGUGGAGCAGCAAGGCUCUACGCAGGAGUCGCCUGGUUCUCCUGGGUCUGGAAGAACUUCGAGAUUGCCGAGGACGACACCGACUUCACAGAGGCCGACUCCGACUUCACCGAUGGAAUCGCCUUCUUCAAGGAGACGCUCAAGCAAGCAGACGGUGGAUGAGCCUGAAGGAGAUAAAACUCCACCGCGAGCUGAUGACGCUGGACCUUCUGCCGAAGCUCCAAAGACACCCAGUGAAAGGGACAGCCGGGACUAUGGGUAUGACUCUCCGGCUGAUGAGUCAGAAGUGAGACGCAGGAUGAGAGGCAAAGGACGUGGUUCACGAGGCCAUGAAGACUCCGACACCGACACAGAGGACAUCCUGGCUGGCAUCAAGGUUUGGGACGACCUGGACACGGGCCUCCCCGAGGUGUUACCCACCGAAUUGGUGGGGUGGCUGAUGCUGCGUCGCUGCGCUUUGAGCUCUCAGCAGCGGCUCAACAUCUUGUCAUCGGUGGGCAACUCUUUGAAGGCGGAGGACAUUGAGCGUGGACUUCGUGGAGCAGAAGAAGAGUUGCAACUACAUGAUCGUGAACAACAUCCGAAGGGAGGUGGAAAGAAGGGCCGCCCAGUCUUCUGGAUGGAACAUGGAGGCGAAUGGGCACUGCUCAAUGCCAGUGAGGAGGACAUGGAUGAUUGGACUUCUCAUGUCCACUGGAUUGGUGGCACUCAGGAGCUGGCUUCGAACUAUGGCGUUCUGAGCUCUACAUCCUCGACUAUGACAUCGGCGUAUGGUGGACAAGAUGACGGAGUUUGGUUUCAAGAUGCUGAUGGUGGCCAAACCUGGUGGGAGCGAGACACCGACACGGGCGAGUACUACACUCAGGACUCCUACGGUGUCUACUGGUCCUGGAGCGAUUGGGAAACUGCCCAACAACAUGCCUUCUUUACGGAGGAUCAACAGAAGGAGCUGUCAGAAGCCUAUGCAGCCUAUGAAGGCAAGCUGCGGACCUUUGCAGAGAGCCGCAACCUCACGCGUGACAAGGUGAUGAAUCGUGGCUUCUAUCCCACCAAGGGCAAGUUCAAGGGCAAGAAGGGCAAGCCGCGACCUACCUCAUCUUCUUCGUCUUCCAAGGGCAAAGGUGGUGCUGCGAUGACAGCUGAUGCGAUGGCAACAGUGGGCUCUCCGAACUAUUCUGGUUGCUUCAUUUGUGGCAGCCGCGACCACGAGUUCAGGAACUGCCCCAAGAAGAGUUCCAACAAGGCUGGCAAAGGUGGUGGCAUUUACAUGGUGUCUUCAAUGGCAUCCUCUUCGAUGGAGAACAUCUAUGCAGCCCCUGUGGAGGCCUAUGGCCAGAAUGUUCCUGGCACCAUGCCGUCCCUGAUCGGACACGUGCAGCAACCUGACUUAGAAGGAUUUGCAGUUUUGGACACAGGAGCCACUGAAACCAUCACAUCCUUGGCCAAGGAGAAGAGCCAAUCUUCGAAGACCGAGCUCAAGGGGAACAAGGACGCCAAAUUCGAUUGGUCCCGGACUUGCAGACCAGAUCCGAGGGAUCCGAGAUGCACCGGAGCUCCCUGCUUCGGGUCCCACGACCCGGCAGCCCCAGGGAGGGGAUCACCAUCGGGCGCCAACGCCCACGCAACAUGGACGGCCUGCGCUCGGUGCAAGAUGAGACUCAGCUACACUCCAUCAUGGGGUGCGCAUGCUCUCACCCGCAAACCGGGUGCACUCCCUGCGGACGUGGAGAAGCAGGUCGACGAGCUGCAGGAGAACGCGGCCUACAGCCUGAAGCUUCGGGACAAGGACAUCGGUUUGGAUGGAGCCGAGAAGAGCUGCCUCAACCAACUCGAGAAGAUCAAAGCGCAGAAAGCGGCCUACAGCAAGGACAAGGCCUACAACAAGGACAAGCCGGCAGCCGCUCUACAGACCGAGGGCACUAUACCGACUCCUACGCCGAAAGCUACCAUGCCGCCAAAGCCUCAAGUCUACAACUUGGAGGAGGACGAUCACACGAUGUUACCAGGCCGCAAAGGCCGGAAGACCGAGACGGCGGAGGAGCUGGAGGCAAAACAGAGGGAGGAGGCGAACAAGAAGGCCGAGGAGAACUAUAACCUGGACUAUGAGCCCAUCUUGGAGAAUGAGGACAUCCAGGAUUUUGACAACAGCGAGCCCCACAAGCCGGAGGAGAACUACCUCGUGAAGAACCUGGACAACGACCUGACCAAGCACUUGGUGAACUAUGUCCAGGAGUACUUUGAUGACAUGGAGGAGGAGAUCUUUGCUUGCGGUGGCAUGCGUGAGGAUGAUCGACUUGAUCUACUGGAACUUUGCUGCGAGGAGAACAGCCUACUCACUGAGGUGGUUCGUGCUGCUGGUGGAAAAGCUGAACGGGCUGGGCUCUUCAAUGGAUGCGAUCUGAUGAAAGCAUCUGGCAGGGAGAAAGUUCAGAAGAUCAUUGAUGAGAAGAAACCACGAUGGAUUUGGGUUUCUUAUCCCUGCGGACCUACAAGCCCUAUCCAGCACUUGAACGAGAUCAGCGAGGAGGGCUGGUGGCAAAGUAUGAGAAGGAAACAACGAGCACGAAGGUUGUUAAAGCAUGGCAACGAGAUCCUGCUCAAGUACGUCCAGAAUGGUGGCAAUUUGGUGUGGGAAUGGCCUCGCUACAAUGAAGGGUGGCAUCUUCCGGAGGUGCGUUCGUUCUGGGCGCAGAUUGCACACGUUGACCACAACCUGGACGGCUGCAUGUUCAACCUACGUGCACAAGACGGCAACUACCACAAGAAACCUUGGACUUUGAGGAGCAACAGAUUUGGAGUCUUCAGCAAGAUGGAGCGACUUUGUGACGGAAGCCACAAGCACUCUCCAACUAUGGGUGGAACUGUGGCCAAGAAAUCCGGACUCUACACACCCCAGAUGUGCUCCUUGGCAGCCCGAUGUAUGAAGGCCUACUACCUGGAGGACUACAACAUCUACGGCUUGGACUCUGUGAAGAUCGACCGGGAGUCGCUGAAGACGAUGACCUAUCAGGAGAUUGAGCGGCUUUCGCUCACGGUCCUCAAACUACAUCGUCGCUGCGGUCACCCUGGAAACAGAGCACUGGUGAAGAUACUUGCUGCUCGCAAUGCCGAUCCAAAGAUGCUGGCGAUUGCAGAGAACUUGCAGUGCGAUGAAUGUCAAGAAGGACAAUUCAGCAAACCAUCUGUAGCUGUUGCGUUGGAGAAGGAAGAGAAAAUCUGGAACACGCUGCAGAUGGAUACCUUCUACUUCAAGCACGACUCCAAUGUCUACCACUACCUGGUCAUGCUCGACGAGGCGAGCGGAUUCUCCAUCACGGCCGAGAUCCUGGUCCAUGUGGAGGAGAUCCAUGCCAACGUGGACACCCAGAGCGUGAUUGAAGCUCUGGAGGGAUCUUGGUUCCAAUACUUUGGACACCCUCAACGCAUUCGAUGCGACCUUGAAGGUGCCUUCAGAGGACGAGAGUUGGAGGCCUACUGCGCUGAACGUGGCAUUGAACUACUCCAAGUGCCUGCAGAACACCAUCAGGCCACAGGAGAUGUGGAGCGCAUGGUUGGGGAACUACGCCACAAGAUUGAGUUGUUCCUGAGGAAUGAGGACGUGCCUCCCAGAAGAGCCGUUUACGCCAUGACCACUGCCCACAACCACAUGGCGAGGAUAGGUGGAUUUGCACCUUCUCAAUGGGCGUUUGGAAGGCAGAUGGACAACCUGGACAACAUUGCUGUUCACUCUUCAGAAGGAGUCAGCGGACAUGCAAUGGCUGAGAAUCUCCAACUUCGACUACGUGCCGAGAAGCGCUACCUGGAACUCCAGGCCAAUGCCAAGAUCUCCCGGGCUCUCAACAGCAAAACCAAGCCUUCCAUCAGGUUCCUUCCUGGCGACCUUGUCUACUACAAGCGCUUCAAGCAGCCCUCAGACUUCCCUGCUCACCAAUUGGUGGACCAACCUCGGUUACGAAUCAGCCGUUGGUAUGGACCUGGUCGUGUACUUGCAAGUGAGACCAGGGUGCAGGAAGAAGGAACACGAAGAGUUGCUGCUUCUACUGUGUGGGUGGUCUCCCAGGGCAGAUUGAAGAAGUUCCACAAGGAUCAGCUGAGACAUGCCAGCGAGAGGGAGCGACUCAUUGCUGAGCAGUCACCAGCACCGGUGACACCGUGGACUUUCAAUGCCUUGGAAGCUCUGAUCGAGCGGGGAGCCUUUGAUGACCACACGGCGGACUUGAUGGAAAAGGUGCCCAACAAGAGCCAGCGACGAGCCUACAAUAGGUCUCGCGCACCUGUGCCAGGUGGGCAUGAGAGAAGAGUGAUGACAGAGGCAUCUUCGAGUGCACCUUCUGCACCACAAGCUGUGCCACGAGACCCAGCUGAUGCUGUCAUGGAAGAUCAUGGCCCCACUACACGCACUUCUACCACUCCAGAAGAUCCUGAUCUGCAGUCUGUGAUCGAUGGAGACAAGCUCAUGACCGACCCUCACUACAUGCCUCUGAAGCGGAUUGGGGGAGCAGAACCUGAACCUGGAGAAGUGACCUUUCAGAGACGCCGCAAACAGCAUGAGAUGGAAGACCGCCCUCUGCAUGUGAAAAAGGCAGAACUUGAAGCUGCAGCUUACUGGAGCUUCGAAGAGGCCAACGACUGCGUCUACGGCGUGGAGAUACCUAUGCCGGAGAACGAGAAGGCCUGGCGCAAGAUACUGAAGAACCCAUCAAAGUUUGCUGCCAAGAGCGUCCAGAAAGGCGCUGAGGUCUCUUGGGGAAAGCUUUCCACUGAGCAAAGAGAGGCUAUGCAAGCCGCAAAGAACUUGGAGGUAGACCAAUGGGUGCGAGAAGAAGUUUGCAAACGCUAUCGUGGCGUUAUUCCUGCUGGUCGGCUGAUGAAGAUGCGAUGGGUGCUUACCUUGAAAAGCACCGACAAGCCUGAAACAGCAAAGUGCAAAGCUCGCAUCGUGCUUCUGGGCUUCACCGACCCCGACAUCGAAGAUCUACAAACUUCCGCACCGACUAUGACAAGACGAUCCCGACAACUCAGCUUGAACCUGGCCACAUCAAAGAAAUGGCGAUUGGGAAAAGCUGACGCAAAAUCCGCCUUUCUUCAGGGCACUUCAAACUGGGGUGGAUUUAGUAAGGUUCUUUGUGCUGAUUGA